AUCUCAUCUUAUUUUGACCACCUCCAGCUGAACAAGUUUAGUAGAAUAUUUGCGAUAAAAACGAUAAAAAUCGCCAAAAGUAAAAUCAGUCUCCUGUAAAUUGAUACUACACACAUUUGCAACACGGCUUUCUUUUUACCUGUCUGCCGGUAACGGCUCUUGCCAAAAAAUGGCAGCACUAGAGUGCAAUAAUGGACAAGAUGGAUUCUCUCCAACAGAAAAUGGAGAUGCUCUGCCUGAGGAGAAGUCACUCAGCAUUGACUAUUCUGAAGAUUUAUGGCUGGCCAAUAGUGAAGACUCAUCAGGGCCAUAUGCACAACAGCCAAGUAAAGUUGUGUCACAUGAACAGACUAAUACUCACUCUGUUCAGCCAGAAACUAGAGAAAAUUUCCCUAAUGCCCCUCCAGGGCACCAAACUGUGAUGGAAUCCCAUUCUCACACCAAUAUGAAUAAUGUUGAAUAUUCUGAGCGCCACUCUGCGAAUACUCAAGGUCAGACAUGGACUGAUGCCAUGCCGGACGAUGACGCAGAAGAGACAGCUCUCCAGCCAGCAACCACCUACAUUAACGGCACAGCAGAGCACAAUGGUAUGGAUUUCAGCAGCAGUGGUGAUGAGAAGGACUUUGCCCAACUCGUCCCUGCGGGCAGCUAUGUGGAGGGAGGGGCCGUUGUGGGGGUCGAGAAUCAGGAUAAAACCUUCACGUCUUUAAUGCCAGCGGCUGCACUCGGGGUCAAUGGUGAGAUCCAGCAGGGCUUCACUACAAUGCUCAAUGCCAAUCAAGAUGGAAUGGUCUAUUACGCCCCUAGUGAGCAGAUGGCCAAUGAUGCAUCUAGUCCAAUGGCCAACCAAGAGAAUAGUUCUGUGUCUUAUGAGCAGUCAGGACAGAUGGCAGCAGGUAAAGAAGAUGAGGUGGUUGAAGGAGAUGAAGGAGGAGGGGGUAUGUAUGUUUCAAUGGACAAUCUUAAACUUGAAAAUCAGAC